AUGAGUGCUUCCAAUCCGACUCCUCCACCUCCUCAUGCUAAUUCUACUGCUCCAGCUGCUCCAGCUGCACCACUUCCAACUGCACCUCCCUCCACUCCACCUCCAUCGGCCCCAAGUUCUACUCAUCCGAAUGCUGCUGCUGCUGCUCCAAGUCAAGGUAGAGUAGAGCCAUGCGAGGCUAAUCGUUGGACGGUUCUCGAGGCUGACGAAAUGAGUUUCAAACUAUCGGAUAUGAUCAAGAAGUUGUUAACAAAAGGAACAGCCAAGGCAGUUAAAUUCGACUUUAAAGAAGUUCACAUACUUCUCAAUCGGGUAAUGAAAUAUUAUCAAAGUCCACCAGAGAAGAAGGGAUUGGCUGCAGUUCCUCCUCCGCCAGCUGGUUCUGUAUCCGCAACAACUUCGAUUACUCCUCCAAAGUCUCCAGCUCAACCACUUCUUGAACUUCAAGCACCCGUCAAUAUUUGUGGAGAUACCCAUGGACAAUACAACGAUUUACUUCGUAUUUUUAAUUCUUGUGGAGCUCCCACUAAGCAUCAAUACCUGUUUCUCGGAGACUAUAUCGAUCGGGGUCGUCACUCUUUGGAAGUUAUCAUUCUUCUUUUUGCUUUGAAGUUGGCUGUUCCCAAAAAAGUGCAUUUAUUGAGAGGGAAUCAUGAGUUGAAGGCAAUUAACAAAAACUAUGGGUUUUUCGGAGAACUAAAAGCAAGAUUCCGCACUGGAGUUCAACAAGCAGAGUCUUUGUAUAUCCACUUCAAUCAAGUCUUCUCCUACAUGCCACUAGCAGCCAUUGUUUCGAAACGGAUUCUGUGUAUGCAUGGAGGAAUCUCUCCACAUUUGCGAUCUCUGGACGAUAUCCGUGCCAUUCCUUUGCCGCUAGAAACUGCCAAAUCUCAUCUUCUUGCAUGUGAUCUUCUUUGGGCAGAUCCGGAGAAGACUGCGAAUGGAUUCGAGCCCAAUAAGAUACGUGCCAUCUCGCAUAUUUUUGGAAAGAAAGAGGUAGAUGAGUUGUGUAAACGACUUGAUAUUGAUCUGAUUGUCAGAGCUCAUCAGGUCGUUGAAUACGGUUACGCUUUCUUCGCUGAUCGUCGCCUCAUAACUGUCUUUUCGGCAUCUCGUUAUCAAGAUGAAUUGCAUAAUUAUGCUGCUGUGGUCAUUGUAAAUCGAAUGCUCGAAUUGAGUUUCGUCCAAUUGAAACCCGAAGAAUUCGAGAAGAGGCGAGAGGAACAAGAUAAAGCUGGAGGAGUCAAUCAGGAACAAGUCACUGCGAAUACAACAGAAAAAUAG